UCACCUUCGUUCUCUCCAUCACAUCUCUCCCUUUCUCUCUCUAAAAUCUCGCAGCCCUUCUCUCUCCUCUCUCUCUCUCUCUCUCUCUCUCUCUACAUUUGAGCGCGACCCCCCUGAAGGAGGGACAACCCUUUCGCCGGACGAUGAAGAUGGAGGUGUCGGAGUACUUUGUCGGGGGCUACCCCGGCGAGUUCUCCCCGGAGAAGAAGGGCGGGGAGCAAUUCGCCGUCGACGACCUCCUCGACUUCUCCAACGAGGACGCCGCCAUGAUGACCGCCGCCGACGGCUUCUUCGACGGCGUCGGCACCAACUCGGCCGACUCCUCCACCGUCACCGCCGUCGACAGCAGCUGCAAUUCCUCCAUCUCCUGCGGCGACAACACCCUCUCCGGCAGCUUCGGGUCCCGGAGCUUCGGGGACUCCAGUUUUGCCGGCGAGCUCUGCGUUCCGUACGAUGACUUGGCGGAGCUUGAAUGGCUGUCGAAUUUCGUGGAGGACUCGUUCUCGACUAAGCAGAACCUCCAACAGCCCCUCCACUUCAUUCCCGGAUCCAAAACGCCCACCCCGGAAUCGUCCUGCUCCGACGCCCUGGCCCGGCCCGAGCUCCUCGACCUCAAGCCCGCCGCCGCCAAUGCCGCCGCCAAUGGCGCCGACGCCAAUGCCGGCCCCUCGAUUUUCCUCCCGGAGACGCCCCUCCCCUCCAAGUCCCGGAGCAAGCGGUCCCGCGCCGCCCCUUGCGACUGGACCACCCGCCUCCUCCACCUGUCCCCCGUCAAGCCGCCCAAGACCGCCCCGGCAUCCAUGAAGAAGCGGGAGGGCCCGGACGGGGACCCGGACUCGGUGCCCCGGAGGUGCCUCCACUGCGCGUCCGAGAAGACGCCCCAGUGGAGGACGGGCCCCAUGGGGCCGAAGACGCUGUGCAACGCCUGCGGCGUCCGGUUCAAGUCGGGCCGCCUGGUGCCCGAGUACCGGCCGGCCGCGAGCCCGACCUUCGUGUCUGCAAAGCACUCGAAUUCGCACCGCAAGGUCCUGGAGCUCCGGAGGCAGAAGGAGCUCCACAGGCCGCACCACCACCACCACCACCACCAGCCGCAGCAGUACUUCGGUCAGAGCCCCAUGUUCGGCAUGUCGGCCGGGGGGGCCGACGAGUUCUUGAUCAACCACUGCGGCGGACCCGCUUACCGGCAUAUGAUCUAGCAUGCCGCCGCCGUCCAGUAGAAAAUAAUCUCACCUAAAAGAGGAGUGGGAAGAAGAAGGAGAAAAGCUUGUAGCUUGCUAAUGCUAACUCAAAUCAGUCCUUAGUUUAUGUUCAAUUUUGGUCUUUUAGAUGUAGAUUGAUAAAUGAGAGGAAAAAUUGGGGAGGGGAAAAAAAGAUUGUACUUUUGCUCUUAAGGAUGAAAAUUUGAUUUUUUUUUUUCCUAAAA